AUGAACGAAGAGAUCAAGACUCAGAUUCCGUUCUCCCAAACGAAAGAUCCUAAGCAAGAUCUCCAACUCCUUGAGCCGUACAAUUAUGUCUUACAAGUGCCGGGGAAGAGGGUUCGGCAAUCCUUGCUUUUGGCAUUCAACCAUUGGUUACAAGUGGAGGAUAAGCACUUGGAACAGAUUGGCAAGAUCAUUCAAUUGCUCCAUAACGCCAGCCUGCUUUUAGAUGACAUCCAGGACAAUUCAGUAUUGCGUCGAGGCAUUCCCGUGGCUCACAAGAUCUUUGGUGUGCCAAGCACCAUCAACUCCGCCAAUUAUGUCAUGUUCAUCGCUCUGGAGCACAUCCAAGCCUUGGGCAAGCCGGAAGCAGUUCAAGUGUUCACGGAACAAAUGCUGGAACUUCAUCGAGGACAAGGCAUGGACAUUUAUUGGCGAGACAACCAUCUCUGUCCGACGGAGGACGAGUACAAACAGAUGACGAUUCGGAAAACAGGAGGCUUGUUCAAUCUGGCCGUCGGUCUGAUGCAAUUGUUCUCCAAGCACGCUUUGAAAUCGGAUUUCACCAAGCUCAGUGAACUCUUCGGACUCUUUUAUCAAGUGCGGGAUGAUUACGCCAACCUUCAAGUGGAUGAGUACACCAAGAAUAAAAGCUUCGCCGAGGAUCUGACCGAAGGCAAAUUUAGUUUUCCCAUCAUUCAUGCCAUCAAUGCCAAUGGAAGUGAUCAUAAAGUACUGCAGAUCCUGAAGCAACGAACCAGUGAGGAGUCGGUGAAGAAGUAUUGCAUACAAUUACUGGAAACGGCUGGAAGUUUCCAAUACACCCGAGAUUACAUGGAGAAACUUCGAUCAGAAAUUUUGGAGGAAAUCCAGAUUCUGGGUGGAAAUCCCAAAUUUGAAAUGAUCCUCCAAGAACUGGAUCUGAAUUUGGAACCAAAAAGAACUCUGCACAAGAAUACGGCUACAUGAAUGAUAUAUGAUGUCCUUGACUUCUUUUUUAGCAUGAUUUGUUAUUACCUUUUAUGUGAUCUCCUUUUGCAUUGUGAUUCUACCAAAGACCAGGCUCUUUUUCCAAUAAACGACCUUUUAUUUAAAACCCUGA